AUGAUCGUGUGCUUGAAUUAUGAUAAGAAACCGGUGCCGGAAUGGUGUGACGAGGCCGCUAAGCCACCAGAAGAACAAGAGUGUAACAUUGAGGAGUGUCCAACUUGUGAGACUAGCGAGUUCGGUUGCUGCCCAGACAACUCGACGUAUGCGCAAGGACCUUACCUGGAAGGAUGUUCGAAUUGCUCGUUAUCAGAUUUCGGUUGUUGUGCUGAUAACAUCACUGAGGCAACUGGUUUAAAUGGAGAAGGAUGUCCCGAAUAUGUAGCGCUAGAAGAGGAGGAAGGUAGUGGAGAGGAGACAAUUAUUGAAUUGGAAGAAGAGGACGAAGAGAAAGAAAAGAAAAAAGAAGAGUAA